CUUGCGGUUCCUCUUUCUAGCCGGCGCCUGAGAAUGGGUAUCUCGAGGGACAACUGGCAUAAACGCCGCAAAACCGGUGGUAAACGCAAGCCCUAUCACAAGAAGAGGAAGUAUGAGCUCGGACGCCCUCCUGCAAACACAAAGAUUGGACCACGCCGCAUCCACACGGUGAGAGUCCGCGGUGGAAACAAGAAAUAUCGUGCUUUGAGGCUGGAUGUUGGGAACUUCUCAUGGGGAUCUGAGUGUUGCACACGCAAGACUAGGAUCAUUGAUGUUGUCUACAAUGCCUCCAACAAUGAGCUUGUCAGAACCAAGACCCUGGUGAAGAACUGCAUCGUCCUAGUUGACAGCCUUCCUUUCAGGCAGUGGUAUGAGGCUCACUAUGCUACUCCUCUGGGACGCAAGAAGGGAGCUAAGCUGACUCCUGAAGAGGAAGAGGUCCUGAACAAGAAAAGGUCAAAGAAGACCCAGAAGAAAUUUGAUGAGCGCAAGAAGACUUGCAAGAUCAGCACCCUCUUGGAGGAGCAGUUCCAGCAGGGCAAACUACUUGCCUGCAUUGCCUCCAGACCUGGCCAGUGUGGCAGGGCAGACGGCUAUGUCCUAGAAGGCAAGGAACUGGAGUUCUAUCUGAGGAAGAUAAAGGCCAAGAAAGGCAAAUAGAUAUACAGCUGUUUGAUACGUCAAUAAAAUCCAAACGUCCCAAAA